AUGUCAUUUUUACACACACACUCGUGCGAGUGCAUGAAAUUGGAAUUACAUCUCUUUUCAUUAACUCCAAAACAAACGUCCAUAGAGUUCUCUCAAUGGGUGCAAUAUAAGCCAGUUUCAUCUCUCACAGAUGACUCGCCUAUCGUGUUUUUAGAUCCAGGUCAGGGGGAUAAGUACAUUGAUCUUGCACAUACACUUCUAAGUGUAAGAGUCAAAUUAGUCACUCCUAAAAAAACUGCAGAAAAUACUUCGAGUGUAGAAACCGUUGGUCCUGUAAACAAUUUACUGCAUUCCAUGUUUAACCAGUUGGAUGUAUACUUUAAUCAAAAGCCUGUCUCGCCACCAAAUAAUGCAUAUGCAUACAGAGCGUAUAUUGAAUCUCUGCUCAACUUUGGGUCAGCAGCGAAAAAAUGUCAUCUCACAUCAGGAUUAUGGCUUGACGAUACAGCAGGUAAAAUGGAUGACAUCACAAUGCAGAACCAGGGUCUCGUCGAUCGACGACUUAUACUGGGUGAAGGAGGAAAAAUUGAUCGGAUCGGUCAUUUGCAGAGUGAUGCUUUUAUUCAGGAUAAAUUUCUCUUGAAUGGUGUUGAACUUAGAGUUCGACUGGCGCGUUCUAAGAAUGCUUUUUGUUUUAUGGAUCCUACUAAUCAAGCUUAUCUUCAUAUUAAAGAAGCAUCUCUUCUUAUUCGGCGUGCGAAAAUCAGCCCUUGA